AUGUUUCGUCGGUGUUUUCGAUUUUCAAUUCCACAUCUGCAGGAUCUGAUUCAUCGUCUGGACUAUUUUGAAAAAGAGAUUAUUGAACUGAGGACCUUUCGUCAGAUGGUUGAAGCGGCUUCCCCGGAAAUGGCACUAGCAGCCGAAGCUAUUGCAAAGGAGCGACAAAGGGCAAAGGGAGAUAUCGAUGUUGUUAUGGAAUAUCCAUUAACAUCAGAAGAAUUUGUGGAAUUGAACCAAUUUUAUGCACUUCAAAAGGAGAAAAGGUUGCCUUUGAGAAAUAUGAUGCAUAUACGUAAUGUUGAGGAUCUAUAUGUUCAUGCAAAAAUAAUUCAUCGGGAAUAUCUGGUGCGUUUGGCACAGAGAGCCCGUGCAUUAACCCUUGCACCUAUGGGUUUGUCCCAAAUGCCUUCUAUACAAGAGUUACGCCGAUCUUAUGAGUGGAGUUUUCAUGGUGUCAAUUCUACUAAACCACCCAUUGAUUUAGAGAGUGCACAGGAAUUUGAUUCGUUGAUGCGUUGCGUAUUUUUGAGGCAUUACAAUGUGAGUUCGUUGUUGAGUGAAGGCAUGUACGAGCUUGGACAGCGUGAGAUGUGGAGCGAACGAGAUUUUUCUGAUAAAUCUCUUGUAGAAACCUUUGAGGAACUUCAGGUGUUUUUUGAUGAAUUUUGUACUGGUCGUGUAAGACUGCGCUUUCUAGUAGGCAAUUACAUGUACUUAUCCACGCACAUUCUGAAUGUUGAACCAAAGGAAUCAGAAAAGUUGACUACUUCUUUGUUUUUUGACCAUGAUCCGGACAGCUUUACAGGUAUGAUUUGCCGUAAAUGUUCAUUAGAAAAUGUAUUGAAAUGUGCAAUCCGUGCAGCAAAUGAUUUAUAUGACGAAUCUGAUAUUGAGCUUCGUGUCGCCGGGGAUCCAAACCUAACUUUUGUUGGCAUACCGUAUAUUAUGUAUGACACAUUGUCUGCCAUGAUUGAUGAUGCCAUCCAGGCAAAUAUGAUACGGCAAGAAAAAUAUGGUGUGGCUUGUACCCCCGUCGUGGUAACUCUUUCUCAGAGGGAUGAAAACGAGCAAAUUUGUGUUCGUGUGUCAGAUACAGCUGGUGGAAUGCCACUUGAAGAAGUGAAGCAUGCUUUGAAAUAUUCUUCAUCAUUUAAAGUCUCUGAACAGGAGACCAAAACGGCUAAUACAUGGAUUCACAGCCCUAUUCGAAUGCCUUAUGCAUAUUGUGCGGCAAGGGUGAUUGGGGGUGAUAUUUCCGUUGUGUCGAUAGAAGGAUACGGUACCGAUCGUAUUUUGUAUUUUCCCCGAUCCGGAAUUAGGGAUAUACAUAUUUAG